UUGUUCACGUCAAAAGCAACUGACAGAUCUGAUAAGGUAUUCAUGUUGACAGAAAGAUCAGGCACUCACACCUGAAAUGUACACCUAGUGGAAUAUGUGCGUCUGGAGCCAAACAAGCUUGGGGAGCACCUGAACAUUGGGGUUCUUCAGCUUAUAGGCUUGCCAAAUCAGCUGCCAUCCACCACACUUUCCAUUCCUCUGGAUCAGCUCCCUUAGAUCCUCAGGUCCAUCAUGAGUGACGAUAAAGAGGGACAAGGUGAGGACAGAGGUGCCAAAAAAGAACCAAAGCUUGACAGCAAGGGCAGCUUCAACUUAAAGGACAGCUUCAACUUGAAAGCCAGCAAGUUUCUUAGAAGAAGUCGAAGUAACGACUCGGAAAACCACUACCGCGAGAGCCGCCGAGGAAGAGAACAGGACAGGAAAGAGGACGUUAAGAGACCACGGGGUCGCAGCGAGGAGAGGAGAAGGCCAGAACCAAAUAACCCCGAGAAGGAGCAAGCUACGGAUGACCUGGAGGACCUCGAGUGCAUCGUGUGCUUCUGCAGCUUCGACAAUGUCUUCAAAGCCCCCAAGUUGCUUUCCUGCGGUCACACGUUCUGUCUGGAAUGCCUCGCGCGUAUCAACGUGAAUUCGGCCGAGCUCAAGACGCUGACGUGUCCCAUUUGCAGAGAGCCGACGGAAAUCCGCCACGGCCGAGAUCUGCCACAUCUGGGUAAUAAUGAGGACAUCUUCCGCAAGCUUCCCCCCGACAUGCAGAGGGUGCUGUCCGUACGCUUCAAAAGAAGUAAGGGCAAACUAGUCCUCAAAAAAAAUUCCUCAGGCCCCAUCAAGACCACUUUGAAUAUACCAGUGUUUAAAAAGAAAGAAGAGCAGGUACCCAUUGAAGCCAUGGAGGAAGGGCUCGGCUCAGCGACUAUGAUCAAUGUAGGGAGACCUCCUAGCAGGAUGAGAAGUCAUAUGAGAAGGUUUCUCUAUUCCAACCAGUGCUACUACACAACCGUGGCGGGCAUUAUAGCGGUCACUGUAGCUCUUAUGCUAGUCGGGAUCUUUACCUUUGUGAUUAUGCCCCAUGUGAGACCAAAUCCCCCUAGCAACUACACCCCAAGCCCUUGAUGGAUGAGAAAUGACACAAUGGUUGAAGAUUAAAAACAAAGCAAGAUGGAUUCUUGGUGGAGCCCAGUCCAUUACACACAAUGCUGUAUGGAGUACAUUGUUGCUUUUAUGUUUGCGUAUAUGUGAAACGUUACACAAUAGACAUGAACUGGAUAAACACAAAAAUGUCUCUGUGAACAAGAGGUGACAAUGACGUCUUUCCUGUCGAUGACGUUUGGUGUUUAUUGAACUGUGAAUUCAUUUAAUUAUUGGUUAAAAUAUUUUUUUUCUGAAAGGGCUGGAUCUGGUUAGAAAAAAAUAUGUACAAUAUCACAUGAAGAAAAUGCUAUUGAUCUCCAUUCAAAGUAUACAUCGGAAAAUAAAUGUAAGCUUAUGUUUCCUAUUACUAAUUGUUUUUACUUAUGCUGCAUAACGUAAAUAUUAUAUUAUUUUGCACAAAUGGGGAGAGGACAAAAAUAAUUAAACUUGUUUGCCUUCAUUCUCCAAGUGAGUAACAUUAACCUUCCCUGAGACUCAAACCUAUGACCUUGAAAUUGCCUAAUAGCCAUGUGCUGUCAGUUGAGCUGCCAUAUGGGUUCCUCAAAGUCAUGUCAUGCUCUUAUGGAAAAACUUUUAAAAUUGAAACAUACAUUGUUUUCAGUAGCGUACGUGAAGGGCUGUUUUGAGUUAUGCUGGUCACGCAGGUUAAUGCAUCAAGGAAAAACUGACAUCAUGUUAGGAUAUAUUCAAUGUACACAGAAGCUCAUUGUGUCAGCAUUGCAAAAGGUCAUUAGUUCGAACCCAGAGGACACAUGUUGACUAAAUGAAUGCACUGUAUGUUGGUUUGGAUAAAUGUGUGUGUGCCAAAUGUGUAAAUGUAAAUGACAGUGCAAUAUUAUUACAUACACCGUAGCUUUCUAAAAUACUUGAUUGUAAUUUGGCAGUAGUUCAAAGUUUUUGAAUUAAUAAACUGUUAAAUGAGAACUGA